AUGGAUCCUGAAGAGUUCAGGAGACAAGGUCACGUAAUUAUAGAUUUCAUUGCAGACUAUUACAAAAACAUAGAGAAGUACCUGGUUCUGAGCCAAGUCCAACCAGGUUACCUCAAGAAGCUCUUACCGGAGUCUGCGCCAUACGACCCUGAGCCGAUCGAAACCAUCCUCCAAGAUGUGCAAGAUCAUAUUGUUCCUGGUAUAACACAUUGGCAAAGCCCUAGCUACUUUGCCUACUUUCCUUCAAGUGGCAGCAUUGCCGGGUUUCUAGGCGAAAUGCUUAGCACUGGGUUCAAUGUGGUUGGAUUCAACUGGAUGUCAUCGCCUGCUGCAACUGAGCUAGAAAGUAUAGUCAUGGAUUGGCUUGGAGACAUGCUGCAUCUUCCCAAGUCCUUCCUGUUCUCUGGAAAUGGUGGUGGUGUGUUACAAGGGACGACUUGUGAGGCCAUUGUUUGCACCAUGGCUGCUGCUAGAGACCAAAUGCUAAGCCGAAUUGGUAAAGACAACAUUGGGAAGCUAGUUUGUGCCACGAUGGGAACAACUGCAACCACUUCUGUUGAUCCAUUGAGGGGACUAUGUGAUGUAGCAAAAGAUUACGACUUGUGGGUUCAUGUCGAUGCAGCAUACGCAGGAAGUAUCUGCAUUUAUCCAGAGUUUCGACAUUUCAUUGAAGGCGUCGAGGGAGCGAAUUCAUUCAGUUUCAAUGCACAUAAAUGGUUCCUCACAACACUCGAUUGUUGCUGCCUUUGGGUUAAGAACCCAACUGCAUUGAUCAAUUCUUUGUCAACGAAUCCGGAGUAUUUGAGGAACAAAGCCAGUGAUUCAAAGCAGGUGGUGGACUACAAAGACUGGCAAAUAGCACUAAGCCGGAGGUUCCGGGCAUUGAAAUUAUGGCUUGUGCUAAGAAGCUAUGGCGUGGCUAACCUUAGAAGCUUUAUUCGAAGCCAUGUCAAGAUGGCCAAGAUUUUUGAAGGGCUGGUGAGAAUGGACAACAGGUUUGAGAUUGUGGUGCCUAGAAACUUCGCCGUGGUCUGUUUCAGGAUUUCACCAUCCGCAAUAGUUAGUGAUGAUCGUUCUUAUAAUGGUGAGGAGUACAAUAUGGUAAACGAGAUCAACUGCAAAUUGCUGGAGGCCAUCAAUGCAUCAGGCUCUGUGUUCAUGACUCAUGCUGUGGUUGGAGGUGUCUACCUCUUGCGGUGCGCAGUUGGUGCAACUCUAACAGAGGAAAAGCACAUUGUCGAGGCAUGGAAGGUGGUGCAAGGUCAGGCACAUGCAAUUCUCUCAGCAUGCGUAGUUGAUCUGCAUAAUCGUAUGAGAUAUUCUAACAUAUAG